UUUUUUUCUCACCCGUGUUCUCGUUAGCCAAACAUAAAAACUUUAUGGUGAUUGACCAGUGAGCCUAUGGCUAUAGAUUUUAAAGUAGGAGAUGUAAAUUAAAAAUCCCCAAAAUGGGAACUUACGUUCUCCUACAGCUCUCCUUCACUACACCACAGUCACUGCCAUUUCUAAACCCAAUAAAGAUCGUUAACCCAACAAACCCAUUUCCAUCUGGUUAUUAUCAUCAACCGAACUCAGGCUCCACCUCAACAGUAGGACGCAUCAGAAUCAAUCUCGAAGAUGAGCUCUACACUGACCCUGAUGAUGACGGGUUCGAUGAGUUUGGAUUCGGUGGUACUGCGAAGCAGAGAGUCUGGUGGUCUGAUAAUGACUAUGAUUAUAAUUAUGAUGAUGACGACGACGACGACGUGGAAAAUGAAUUCUGGGCUUUUAAGGUGAUUAGAGCUUUUGGUUGGAUGGUUCCAGCCAUUGGUAUAUCCUUGCUGCUAGGAACUGGCCCAAAUCCUUUUUUCAUGGCAUUGGCAGUUCCAUUAGGACAGACAGCACUUUCUUUGGUGUUUGAUAAGGUCUGGGGAAGUGCAAGCAGCAGGCCGAAACCCAGACGUCGAACAAGGACCAGAACUAGGAAGAAACCAUUUGUUAGGCCUGCCAGUAGGGAAGAAACAAAUAAGAGAAAAGAAGAAAAUAAGACUCAUAAGGGCAAUUCGAGCUACCAGUCAUGGAUGGCAUCAGAUAGUGGUUCAUUUAAGAAGGGUGGCAAAAAGGUACAUAAAUUUGGUGGAUGGGAUGAACUAGAUGAUGCACGUAAAGUUCCGAGGGAAAAACCCAGACAAAAGGAGGAUGAGCUACCAAAGCAACAAAUAAAAGGAAAAUUGAGUAGAACAAGAAGAGUCAGGGACAGACCAUUGUUUCUUAGGCUGCUGAUAGCUCUUUUCCCAUUUUUGGGCUCUUGGACUAGGCUCCUUUUUUGAUUCCGUUAAUUGCUGGCAUUUGAAAUUAUGCAACAUUGUUUUCUUAUGAGGUGAACAUAGAGAAAACACUAGCGGUUAUAAGCUUGGAGAUGAAGCCAACGACCAACCACAAGAACAAACCACCUAAGGAGCUUGGACAAGACGACAAAAUUUGCAAUGGCAGCUUGAUUUAGCAUCAAUCACUUUAUCAACAUGUAUUCUUCGCAGGACCAAAAGCAGGUAUAUAAGAUUCUCUUCAAUGCUUCUCUUUCGUACCAAUCCCUUAUUCGAGGAUCCAUGAGACCUUGUAGUUUGUAUCAAUAUUGUACAACUAGUGUCUCCAAACAGUUUGCUUACUAUACUAGUAUAGGAUAGUUAAAGCUAGUUACAUGUAUAUGCUUUUGUGUUUGUGAAUGAUAGUCCAUUGAUUUGCUAAGCACAAAAAACUCGCUUACAUGGUGCAUGGUUGUUGAUAUCAAAUUGAAUGCAGACUCCUAGUAUCAUGUUUUCUCA